AUGGAUAAUGAAAGGAGUAAAAAAAGAAAGACAUUAUUGUCGUUUUUCAAACAUAAAGAAAAUUCAUCUACAUCUACGGUUAACGAGGUAAAUCUUCAAUCUUAUACAUCUAAUACGGAAGAAGAACAACCUGUUUUAAAUUUUCCAAGGGUUGAAAUUGAUCUUAAUAAUCUUGAACGAGAUCCCGCAAUUCGGAUUCCUAUAUGGCAACAUCCAAUAAAUCAACAAGAUGAAAUUAGGCGGUCUUAUAUUAGAAUGGGUCCGUAUCAACCUAAGUUAGAUGAGUAUCCAAGAACUAAGUUUGGAUCACAAACUCAGUAUCGUAGAUUUCAAUACUCGUGGUUUGAAAAGUUUCCUUGGUUAGAGUAUUCUUCAUCAAAGGAUUUAAUAUUUUGUUUUCCUUAUUUUCUUUUCCAAAAGAAAUCACCUAUUAAUCCUUCAUUCACUAUUGAUGGAUUUAAUAACUGGAAAAGGGUUAACGAUGGAGUUAAAUGUCCACUUUUAAUUCACGUGGGAGGUCCUACUUCCUCACAUAGUAAUUCAGUGAAAUGUGUUGAAGAUUUGAUGAAAGUAAGUGGACAUAUUGACAACAUAUUGAAUGCCCAAAGUUUAGAUGAAGUUCAGAAAAAUCGAUUACGACUUAAGACGACAAUUGAGAGUAUUCGAUGGCUUAGUUUACAAGCUUGUGCAUUUAGAGGUCAUGAUGAAUCUUCAUCUUCUAAAAAUCGUGGUAAUUUUAUAGAGAUGAUAAAACUUAUGGGUCGAUUGAAUGUUAAUAUUGGUGAUAUAGUAUUAGAAAAAUCUCCAAGAAAUGCAACAUAUACUUCACCAACUAUUCAGAAAGAAAUUUUGCAUAUUUUUGCAAAUAAAGUAAGGAAAAAAAUCCGUGAAGAAAUUGGAGAUGCGAAGUUCUGUAUUUUAGUUGAUGAAGCUAAAGAUAUUUCAAAUAAAGAGCAGAUGUCAAUUAUUUUGAGAUUUGUUGAUUGUUUAGGUAUUUUACGAGAGCGUUUCUUUGAUAUUGUUAAUGUUCCAAAUACUACUGCUUCAACAUUAAAGAAGAGCAUAUCAGAUGUUCUUUCUCGACAUAAUUUGAAUGUCACCAAUAUGAGAGGGCAAGGGUACGACGGUGCUAGUAACAUGUCUGGUGCUUGGAAUGGACUUCAAGCUCUAUUUCUUCGAGAGUGUCCAUAUGCAUAUUAUAUACAUUGCUUUGCUCAUAGGUUGCAAUUAGCAUUAGUUGGAGCUUCUACAAAAGAGAUUUCUGUUUGGCUAUUUUUUUCAAAACUAUCCACCAUUAUUAAUCUUAUUGGUUGUUCCUCCAAAUGGCAUUCUGAGUUACAUUCUGCUCAAACUAUUGAAAUUGAUCGUAUGAUUACUUCGGGUGAACGGGAUACUGGUAAAGGAAUGAAUCAAAUUGGUAAUUUACAUCGUAGUGGAUCAACUCGAUGGAGCUCUCAUUUUGAAUCUAUUUGUAGUUUAAUUGAUAUGUUUGGUGCAACUAUUUCUGUUCUUGAAAGUAUUGUGGAAGAAGGAUCGUCUAGUUCUUUACGUGGAGAAGCAUGUGGUUGUUUGAUAACUUUGAGAUCUUUUGAAUUUGUUUUCACACUUUAUAUGAUGCAAAAAAUUAUGGGAAUUACAAACCUGCUUUGUCAAGCUUUGCAAAACAAAUCUCUUGAUAUUAUAAAUGCCAUGGAUCUAGUAUCAACUACUAAAGCACUACUUUUCAAUUUUAGAGAAGAAGGAUUUGAUCAUCUACUAGAAUACGUGCAAAUGGUUUGCACACAACAUGACAUUGAAAUUCCGGAUCUGAAUGCUUCAUACAAAAGUGCAACAAGACGUUCAUGUCAACAAAAAGAUUCGUUGACAAUUCAACAACACUAUCAUUUCAAUAUCUUCAAUUCAGUGAUAGAUUUUCAACAAGAAGAGUUGAAUUCUAGAUUUAGUGAUGAGGCAGUAGAGCUCCUUAAACUUAGUUCUGCUUUGGACCCUAAAGAUAAUUUUAAAUCAUUUAAAGGUGAAGAUAUUUGCAAAUUGGCUGAAAAGUAUUAUCCAGGAGACUUCAGUGAACAAGAAAUGCAUUAUUUGAGAUCUCAACUCCAGCAUUAUAAAAUUGAUAAUCUUACUGAUACUAAUAUCAGUAACGGUAAUACCAUGGGCAGAACUGUUACUGAUAUGAGUAUCAGUAAUGGCAAUAAUAAUGAAAAAAUCUCAUUACUAAUACUCAUAUCAGUAACAACAAUGUCUUUGGUAGAGUCCUAA